UUCAACUCUACCAAUUUCUCCAACGGAAUCGUCGAUGGCGGGAAUUUCUGCAGAAGCUGCUAAAGCAGUCCAUCGAAGAAUGUUUGCUGUUUCUAGGCAUCUCAUUCCGGAAUCGAAUCACACUCACUGCCUCGGCAUGUCCGCCUGCAGCUCCGGAUUCGACGACACGUACCAUCGGGUGCACGGAGCCGUACCAGCUCAUAUCCCGCCGUGGAAACCGGCGAUCGACGAUUCCGGUAAGGAUUUCGCCGACAUUAUCUACGAGAAGGCAGUUGGAGAAGGCAUUGCUAAGAUUACAAUCAAUAGGCCGGAGAGGAGAAAUGCGUUUAGGCCUGAAACGGUGAAGGAGCUGAUUCGUGCUUUCAAUGAUGCCAGAGAUGACAACUCAAUCGGAGUCAUCAUCCUCACCGGGAAGGGCACAAAGGCAUUCUGCAGUGGAGGGGAUCAAGCACUUAGAAGCAAAGAUGGUUACGUUGAUUAUGAUAAUUUCGGACGUCUCAAUGUAUUAGACCUUCAGGUUCAAAUCCGCCGCCUUCCUAAGCCAGUUAUAGCAAUGGUUGCGGGCUAUGCAGUAGGGGGUGGACAUGUGCUUCAAAUGGUGUGUGAUCUAACAAUCGCAGCUGAUAAUGCUGUUUUUGGUCAGACGGGCCCGAAGGUUGGAAGCUUUGAUGCAGGCUAUGGGGCUUCAAUAAUGUCUCGUUUGGUUGGCCCAAAACGUGCACGUGAAAUGUGGUACAUGACGAGGUUCUACAAUGCUAAUGAAGCAGAGAAAAUGGGGCUUGUCAAUACCGUUGUUCCUCUGGAGAAGCUGGAAGAGGAAACAGUUAAAUGGUGCAGAGAGAUUCUGAGGAAUAGUCCUAUGGCAGUUCGGUUGUGCAAAGCUGCCAUCAAUGCAGCUGAUGAUGGACAUGCUGGGCUUCAGCAAAUUGGAGGAGACGCUACGCUCCUUUUCUAUGGGACUGAAGAGGGUAACGAAGGGAAGGACGCGUAUUUGGAGCGAAGGAAACCAGAUUUCUCAAAAUUUCCAAGGCUUCCAUGAUUGGUAUUUGGAGCUCUGCAGCAAGUUUUUCUACAUGCCUUCGUUGAGAAAUACAAAUUUUUUGAGUUCUGUAAAGAUUUGAGAAAUGCUCCAUUUUCAUGUGUAUGACCUUGUUUGGAAAAUGUCUUUCUUCUGUUUUUUAA